CCGACAGCAUCGCAAAUCCGCCUCUUAGAACAUGCGUGUCAGCCAGCAGCACACAGCACAACCAACCCUCAGCGCUACACGCUUGUUCCUCUCACUGCUGAUUGGUGGAUUCCAUUUUUCUCCCCCCGAGCCGCAGAGCCAUUGGUCGCUACCGCUGUCAAUCAGCCCGGCCCCGCCUCCAGGGUUUGUUUGGGUAGAGUUGAUCGUUUUUUCAUUCUUUCUGUCGCGGCUGUGGGUUGGAGCCGCUGUCCCUGGGCUGGCACGUUCCUUCGUAUUUAUUUCUCAUCUUUUGAUUCGACCCCCCCCACUAAAUUCUGCAAGCAGGCUUCCCGACCGAGCAUCAGCCGCCUGCUGCUUCAUUUUGAUAGUCUCAAAUUCCCGUCAAGAGAAAUAAUAAAGAUGGCGGUGAGCGGGAUGUCGGGGUCGGUCGUUGCCCGGCUCGAGGGCCGAGAAUUCGAGUAUCUGAUGAAGAAGCGCUCGGUCACCGUCGGUCGGAAUUCGUCUCAAGGCUCCGUGGACGUGAGCAUGGGCCAUUCGAGCUUUAUUUCACGGAGGCACCUCGAGAUUUUCUCCGCCGGCGAGGCUGGAACGGGAAGCGGAGAUUUCUACCUUCGAUGCCUCGGCAAAAACGGGGUGUUCGUGGACGGGGUGUUUCAGAGACGAGGGGCUCCUCCUCUCCAGCUUCCCCACAUGUGCACUUUCCGAUUUCCCAGCACAAAUAUCAAAAUUACAUUCACUGCCUUGUCCAGCGACAAGAGAGACCGCAGGAACGCGCCGGAGUCUCCUGUGAAAGCGGUCCAACCCCAGAUCUCGCCGCUGACCAUCAACAUUCCAGACAACAUCGCCCACCUGAUGAGUCCCCUCCCGUCUCCAACAGGUACAAUCAGCGCUGCCAACUCCUGUCCGUCAAGUCCUCGAGGUGCGGGACUGUCCAGUUAUAAAAUGGGUCGGGGUCUCACAGCUGAUCUCAUCAAUGAAAACUCCCAAUCUGAAAAUGACAAGGAAGCAUCUGGAGGAGACAGUCCAAAAGAUGACUCCAAGCCUCCUUACUCGUAUGCACAGCUUAUUGUUCAGGCCAUCACAAUGGCACCAGACAAACAACUAACACUGAAUGGAAUAUAUACCCACAUUACUAAGAAUUAUCCUUAUUACAGGACGGCAGACAAGGGCUGGCAAAACUCUAUUCGUCACAAUCUGUCUUUAAACCGCUAUUUUAUCAAAGUGCCCCGAUCUCAAGAGGAGCCGGGCAAAGGCUCUUUCUGGAGAAUAGACCCCUCAUCUGAGGGAAAGCUCAUCGAACAAGCUUUCCGCAAGCGCAGGCCGCGCGGUGUGCCAUGUUUUAGGACCCCACUCGGGCCACUCUCAUCCAGGAGCGCUCCAGCGUCUCCUAACCACACGGGGGCACUGUCGGCCCACUCCAGCGGCGUUCAGACUCCCGACAGCUUAUCAAGAGAAGGCUCACCUGUUCCUAUGGACCCGGAGCCCACGCCUGCCUCUGCUCCUACUCCAGCCGUUCAGCCCAAAUUAGCAGUCAUACAAGAGGCUUGCUUUGCACAAAAUGCUUCAGGUUCGCCUCUCAACACCCAACCGGUUCUCAUCACAGUUCAGCGGCAGCUACCGCACACCAUCAAACCUGUGACCUACGCCGUCGCCACACCGGUGUCCACUCCCACAUCCCAGCAGCCUGUCAUGCAGACUGUCCAUGUGGUGCAUCAGAUCCCUGCUGUUUCCAUUGCGACCGUAACCGGACUGUCUACAGCCAACACGCAUGUGCCAGAGCCUGUUUACACCCAGUCCAGCAUCGUUAAAGCAGAAUCGCAUGAAAACGGAGAGCUCAAAGCGAGUUCUCUGCACAUGCUGGCGACCCACGCCUCGGCCUCAGCGUCUCUACCAACCAAACGGCAGAACGGAGACCAAGCAGAGCAGCCUGACACCAAAAGAGCCAAGACUGAAGAUGGAGGGGACACCGUCUCCGUCACCGUGGAGAGAGACCAGCAGAACGCCACUGACUAGGGCAGCCAUGUCGCGACCUUUGACCUCAACCCAUUUUUUUUCUCCCCGCCAGCCACGCACCUGCUGCAGCCACAUCAUCUGUUAAUGAAUCCAAGGUGCCAAAUAGUGAGGUGAGAUGAAUGUCAGUGGAUUUUGGAGAGAAGUAACGAUUAAAAUCGGGGAGGGACGGUGGGCCUUUUACAUGAUUAGGUAAAUACUCACAGAUAUAUGCACACACAUAUAUUAAUAUAGCCUACUUGAAGUUAUAAAAUGAAAUGUAUUGUGGGUGUAACCCAGCAGAGAAGGUCUCCAUCACUAUGAACUCUGGGCUGAACGUGGAUGGAGAGCAAAUAGACGAGCCCCCUUUGCGUUACCGAACAAACGGCCGGCCAAUGACCAAUAUAAAUAUUAACGUAAUGUCACGCAUGCGUAUCAGAUGUGUGCUCGAGAUUCUUGAACAUUUGCAUUCGACUGAAAAGACAGGUCAGAUAUGGACUUGCCAAACAUCGUUUAACACCGAUUAGCUCUUAAAAUGUGAACCUGCUCCUUAUUUCAGCUUCAUAUUCACAGAUGGAAAAAUUUGUGUUUUUUUUUCUCUUGGGCAAAGGGAAAUGUGGGGAGGUUUUUUUUCCUGUAUCAUGGCAGCUAGCUACCAUGUCCACCUACCUAAUGCAGUCUUUAGUAGAUAUGCAGUAUUUUGUCGUAUGUGUACUUUAGGAUCUUAUUUGUGUGUGUUUCCUGAGGCACAAAUACUCAACUUAACAAGCAGUGCUGAAGUGAGGUUGCUUUUUCUUUUAAUUUUCUUUUCAUUUUUAAAGACGUGGACUCGUGGUCAUGGAAAUGAAUGUAGUUUCUUCAUUUUUAUUUGAUUUAUUUUUUUUUUUGUUCCCAGAAAAGAAAAAAAACACUAUUGAGGGUUUGAGUUAUUUGCUAUUA